AUGUCCGGAAGCGCAGGUUACGAUAGACAUAUCACCAUCUUCUCGGAUCAGGGUCGAUUGUACCAAGUCGAGUAUGCAUUCAAGGCCAUCACCUCUGCCAACAUCACCUCUAUCGGUGUGAGAGGAAAGGACUGUGCCGUCGUGCUGUCCCAGAAGAAAGUUGCUGAUAAACUCAUCGACCCAUCCUCUGUUUCACAUGUUUUCAAGAUCUCGCCCUCGGUGGGCUGCGUCAUGACCGGCUCCAUAGCAGAUGCUCGGGCGUCCGUUGACCGUGCCCGUGGGGAGGCUGCCGAGUUCCGGUACAAGUUCGGAUAUGAGAUGCCCUGUGACGUUCUGGCGAAGCGAUUGGCGAAUAUCAACCAGGUCUACACACAACGAGCUUACAUGCGGCCACUCGGUGUGGCGACGACCUUGAUCUCCGUCGACGAUGAGAACGGGCCCCAGCUCUACAAGUGUGACCCGGCCGGUUACUAUGUUGGAUACAAAGCGACUGCAUCCGGUCCUAAGCAACAGGAGGCGCUGAAUCACCUGGAGAAGAAGCUGAAGAACAAGGAUGCCGCACCGGGCACCUGGGAGGAAGUUGUGGAGCUGGGCAUCACUGCUCUCAGCAAUGUGCUGAGCGUUGACUUCAAGAAACAUGAGCUGGAGGUCGGCAUUGUCGGUGGUCCCUCGGAAGAUGGCCAGGGCACAACUACAGCGUUCCGGGCCCUAACAGAGGAGGAGAUUGACGAACGGCUGCAGGCCAUCGCAGAGAAGGACUAA